AUGGCAAUAUUAAUCAGUAUCGCUGUGCUGUUAUCUUUGUUGCCAUUCUGUGAAAAUGGAGUUCAAAGAGACAAAGAUUUUUCAAUUGCGGCAACAUUCACUUGUGAUUUGCAGCACAGCUUUUGUCUUUUUGGACACAUUCUUGAAACUGAGCCUAUUUCUCCUGAUGAAAUAUUAGAAAACAUAGACUUUCAAUGUCAUCGAGAGAGUUUUACUUUGAAAACCUCAAUUAACACUGGCGAUUGUUCUUUUUUCGAGAGCUCAAUUCAUCUUUCUUUGGAAAUUAUUCACAAUUGCACCACGACCAAAAAAGUUUUGAGAAGCUAUAAAGCUUUGUCAAUAAUUAAUGAAAAAGAUCUCCCAUCACGACUUAGAUCGAAAGUCGACAUUCUUGACAGAGGAAUACCAGCAACUGGAAUUCUUUUCCACGAUAAUUCUUAUUCUGAUGAGGAGGAUGACUGCUGA